AUGCGACACAAUACUUAUCAUUCAAUCCCUCAAGCCCGUCGGAAUGCUCCCUAUAAGCGUAGAGCCGUUCCUCAACUCCCUACUCCCAGCCGAUCAAACCCAAGUGCCAUCAUUGAUCAGAGAUUAGUCGAAGGUGCACAGGAACCGUCGUUCAAUCGACUACCGAGAGAGGACUCUAGGAGCUAUCGACCUGAGCUGCAGUUGUUUUCUCGCGACGAUGAUAUAGAGCUGGAUGCAUUUGACCUUGAACUCCUGGCCCAAUCAGAUGAGCAAAUACAGAGCCCUCAGACAGCCGGUUCAUUCACAGACGGUGGCUCGUUGUCCAGGCCUCCCCAAAGAACAGACUAUAACCGGGUUUCUCGUUUCUUUCAAGCGGGUCUUCAUGCCACUCCACGUCAAAGUUUCGGCUCUAGUUCUUCGGAUACGGGUGUGAGAUCGCCAUCUAGUCCACUGAUAAGGAUGCGAGCUGGUAGGGCGAAUGCACAAGCUUCCGAACAUGACUUCGAGAACAAUGUUGAAUGCCAUACUUCCUCCAACCGUGAAAUACUGGCUUCUCACUCUGUUGAGAUAUCGUCAGUUACCCGCCGAGACCGGCAAAGAGGCCCCUUCCAACAACAUCUUCCAAUGUCAAUUCGAGGGAUCGUCCUCGUAUCUGUGCAUGAACUCCCAGAUAAAUACCGGUCGAUCUUUCCCUUCCCUGUAUUCAAUGCCGUACAGUCAAAAUGCUUCCAAUCGGUCUACAAGACCGAUAGCAACAUUGUUCUUGCCGCACCUACGGGCAGUGGGAAAACAGCUAUAAUGGAACUGGCAAUAUGUCGAUUACUCAACUGCCUCAAAGAUGAACGGUUCAAAGUGAUAUAUCAGGCACCUACCAAGUCUCUUUGUUCCGAGAAGUUCAGAGACUGGAGCAGAAAGUUCAAUACAUUAGGGCUGCAAUGUGCAGAGUUGACCGGGGAUACAGACCACACUCAAUUGAGGAGUGUUCAGAACAGCCAAGUGAUCAUCACGACACCUGAGAAGUGGGACAGCAUGACGCGGAAGUGGAAGGACCAUGCACGGUUAAUGCAGCUCGUCAAGCUAUUCCUCAUUGAUGAAGUUCACAUCCUCAAGGAAGCGCGUGGUGCAACCCUAGAGGCUGUCGUAUCUCGCAUGAAAGCAAACGGGUCGAACGUUCGCUUUAUCGCUCUAAGUGCUACGGUUCCAAAUUCAGAGGAUAUAGCAACGUGGCUAGGUAGGGAUUCAGUAAAUCAGCACGUGCCUGCCCACAGAGAGCAUUUUGGGGAAGACUUUCGUCCUGUGAAGUUGCAGAAGUUCGUGUAUGGCUACCAUUCUCACGCCAACGAUUUCGCAUUCGACAAGAUGUGUACCUCUAAACUUGCAGAUAUUAUAUCAUCUCAUUCUCGAAAGAAGCCAAUAAUGAUUUUUUGCUGCACGAGGAAUUCCGCUGUUGCUACCGCGAAGGAGCUUACACGCUUGUGGACCAUGUCCAAUCCUCCUGCUAGGUUAUGGAAGGGACCAGGAAGGUCUAUGGAAGUGCAGAAUGUAGACUUGAGAGCCACAAUUGCUGCUGGAGUAGCUUUCCAUCACGCUGGCCUUGAUCCAAUUGAUCGCCGCUCUGUCGAGACAGGGUUCCUCAAUGGGCAGGUUAGCAUAAUUUGUUGCACAUCCACUCUUGCAGUUGGUGUUAAUCUGCCAUGCCAUCUUGUCAUUAUAAAAGGAACAGUCGGGUGGCAAGAGGGAGGCUGCAAAGAAUAUUCCGACCUAGAAAUCAUGCAAAUGCUAGGGCGCGCCGGUAGACCACAGUUCGAUGACAGUGCCACGGCGGUGAUAAUGACAAGACAAGCACGCGAAGCUCACUAUGAGAGGCUUGUGUCUGGCUCUGAGAGCCUCGAAAGCUGCUUACAUUUGAAUCUUACUGACCACCUAAAUGCAGAGAUCGGACUUGGCAACAUCACAGACAUCGAAUCUGCUAUCAGAUGGCUCUCUGGUACUUUCUUUUUCGUGAGAAUGAGAAGAAACCCGACAUAUUAUCGACUGAAGGAAGACGCUGAUAAAGAAGAUGAAGAGGACAUGCUCCGACAGAUAUGUCAGAGAGAUAUCAAGCUUCUUCAGGAUUGUGGACUGGUCUCCGCCGAUAGUCUCAAAUCCACCAAGUUUGGUGAUGCCAUGGCGCGAUACUAUGUGCGCUUCGAGACGAUGAAGACCUUGCUUACUUUGAAGCCUCAUUCAACCGUACCUCAAAUUCUCUCAGUGCUUUCGAGAGCAGACGAAUUCCGUGAAAUACGCCUCAAAGCGGGCGAGAAGUCCCUAUAUAAAGAGAUUAAUCGCUCCAAUGCAAUUCGGUUCCCAGUGAACGUGGAUAUAGCACUUUCCGCACACAAGAUAUCACUGUUGAUCCAGUCCGAGUUAGGUGCUGUUGAUUUGCCAGAUGGCGAGCUAUUCCAGAAGCACAGGUUCACUUUUCAACAGGACAAGACAUUCGUCUUUUCUCACAUCAACAGGCUCAUCCGAUGUAUAAUUGACUGUCAGGUAGGCCUUGAAGACUCUUUCACGCUACGAAAUGCACUAGAGCUUGCAAGGAGCUUUGGUGCCAAAGUCUGGGAUGACUCCCCACUUCAGAUGAAGCAGAUCGAACAAAUUGGUGUGGUUGCCGUUCGAAAACUAGCGUCGUCAGGAAUCACUAGCAUUGAAGCACUGGAGCUUUGUGAACCUCAUCAAAUUGAUAUGAUCCUGAGCAGAAAUCCUCCGUUCGGGAGGAAGUUGUUGGAGCGGCUUGUUGAUUUUCCCAAGCUUCGAGUGUCCGUCAACAUGAUUGGCAAGGAAACAAAGACUGGUACAGGUGUACAGGUCAAUAUAAGAAGCGAAGUCGCCUUCAUGAACGAGAAAUGUCCGACAUACUUCCAACGUCGCCCCGUGUAUGUCUGCUUCAUGGCGGGUACUUCGGAUGGUCGUUUGCUCGACUUCCGACGCAUAAGUGCCAGUAAGAUGCCCAAUGGUCAGGAAAUACUCUUCAGUGCGGAGCUGAAAAGCGCCGGCCAAUCUGUGACGUGCUAUGCAAUGUGUGACGAUAUAGCUGGGACUAUGCGGUCCGCACAGUUGAAACCUGAUCUCCCUACAAGCUUGUUUCCGUCCCAGCUAGAUCCUCCGUCCGAUGUAGUGUCGGAAAGGCCCAAACCUAACAUCUCUCGCCGACGCAGUAACGACACAUCCCAGACCAAAUCCGUCGCCCAAAUUAUCAACCUUUGGGACAGUGACGAUCUUUUGUUCGGAGAUUUCCUAGAAAAUGACCAAGCCGAAAACUGGUCGUGUGUCGAUAAGUUGCCACAAUCGCCAGAAGACAAAGCACAGCUUUCGAGAAAUACGAGUAAGGGUCCGAAUCAAAGCAACAAUCAGAUAGUCGAAACAGUAGGGGCUGUCAGACUCGAGAACGGUCGAUGGGCCUGCAACCAUCGGUGCAAAGAUAAGACAACAUGUAAGCAUCUCUGCUGUCGAGAAGGACUCGAGAAGCCACCCAAAGCAAACAAGAAGCGACCAGGCGACGAUGAUAAGGACAAGGGUAAGAAGAUAACGGGGCUCAAUCAGACAACCCUUCCAGCAACAAUAGCCAAGAAGGACACUACCACCCAAGCGAGUAACCCUUCUGAUUCCGAAGCACAGAGACACCUAUUAGAAACCUCGGUGUCAGCACACAAAUUCUCCUCAGCAGAUACAAAAACCAACAAAAACAAUAAGCCAGGAAAUGACUCUGGCUGUCCAGUUCCAAAGAACAUACUAGAAUCCUCAAGCGACUACGGAAACGACAGCUUCAGUGACUUCCCUUCACCGUCCGCCCUACUGCUCGGAAAGCCCAUAGUAGCAACAUCGUCGAAAGAACAGGAUCCCGAAGGCCCCACUAUCGAAGACAACACGAAGAUAGACCUGAAUACAGAAGACUGGAGUGAUGAUGAUGGAUGGCCCAACUUCCAAUUACCACCAGUGACGGAAACGAUCUCUGCACCCGAAGGUGGUCAAGAAAGGAACAUUCAAUCAGCACAAGGCCCGGAUAAGGCUGAUACAAUGAAGCCAGCCACAACGAAGGUCAAUAAUAAGAUGCCAAACGAUCAGGAUGAUAAAUCAGAUUAUCUGGAAGCUACUCCUGCUGGUUCCCAUGGUAAGAAACGGAAGGUUCUCAUGACCACGACCGUCACCGUCAAUAGAAAGAGAUGCAAAACGGACAAAGACAUCGUAGCUACUUAUCCAAGCUCUUCCCAGCCCAAUGGUCCUACGGAUGUGGCAGCUGAGAUUCCCGCAGGCUGGGAGGAUAUCGACCCUGCUCUACUGCAUGAGUUCAAGGAUAUUAUCAAAUUGUUGUAA